UUCCAAUGCCAUUCAGUACAUGGCUAAUUGUAAAUGAUCGCUUUCGUAUCUAAAGUCUCGAAUAAUUAAAUCUUCUCUUUGUUGGUUUGACCUAGCGUUUUUUCAUUGGGUAGCUUUGUGAGUGAAGGUUUCAAUGAAAAACGAUUCAGCCCGUGUGGUUAAGUGCUGACUCCUUAAGGAGAUAGCCGUGUAACAGAAUUCAUUCAGAAACAUGUCGCCCCAGUGGAGUCUAUCGAGGUCGUUUAGAGAUCUCCCAGUGUCUGAACAUGUCGAGGUUCCUCGUCGAGCGGCAAGUAGCUCGGAUUUUAUCCGAACCUCGCAAUCCUUGGAACCUUCAAGUGGACAGUUGGAUAUGCCCAGAUUGGCGUCCCAGCGAAAUUCGGUAAUGUUCUCCUGUACGUUGCCUGCAUUCUCGCUAAAUCGUAAGGAGUCGAAAAAAGCCAAAGAACUCGAGAGGAAGAAGUCGCUAUCGAAAGGAAAGGACCGCUAUACUAUCGUGAAGGGGCUUGCGGGAGGGCCCGAUGGGAUCUCCUUCGAGAGCCUGUUCAAGAAGAAGCAUUUCCUAAGGGCGCGAAACGGAUGUCUGAUAUUGGAACUCUAUGAUGACUCCGAGGAAUACCGUAAGCAAGCAACCUUCAUCCCACUCCAGGAUAUGUGGUUCUCUGGCUACAUUGUCUUUGAGUCGUUGUUGGAUCCCGCGCAUUUCAUUCGUCGUUGCAACGAGCAAUUGAUUUUGCAGAAAUACGAAAAUUCUCAGUUCUUUAAGGAAGACGCCAGCUUCAAGCUCACUAGGAAAAGAUGCAUUGCGUGUGUGAAGAUUGGUUCUCGCGUCUGGGCAAAAGCUGAAAAAGGCUGCUACCUCCGUGGUAUCGUGGUCGCCGUCGACGACGAUGUCCAUGUAAAACUAGAAAAUGGCAGCCGUGUUAAGCACAAGAAGAGUCCAACCGAGGUCGCGUUCGUGCCAGACAUCAUCCCUCACCCACUCGAAAUAGAAGUAGGCACGAGGGUACUAGCACGCUGGUUUAACCGACUCGACACUUACUACCCUGCUAUUGUCACGGGGAUAAGAAGGACUUAUUACGACGUUAGGUACGACGAUGGUGAUAAAGGAAGCAAUGUGAUCGCGGAGAUACGACUUCUGAAGCUGCCCGAGGUGGAAGGCGGCACCUCCAUCCCCUCCUGGUCAUCACUGGAUGGCCUGCCAAGAGUAGGCGGGCUAUGCAUCGAGUCUACCGACAACCAACCCGAGGGUACCCCCCAGGAACAAUGGGUUCGCUCGCCCCGGGACUCGCCAGUCGAACUGACGGAGUCGCCCAGUGACCUGGACACGGAUAAGGAUGGUCACUUUGGCUACGAGAACAACUUCCAGCACCUGACUCCCGACAGCCAUCAGUACCAUCAUGCGCCCGUGGAACGGAACUUCAGUCAGGUCAGCGGUAGUUCGUGUGACAGCGGUUACCAUGGUGGAGCGGGAAACAGUCGUAAGAGGAAGACUGGGCUCUGGGGAGUAAGUCACUGUCCAGGAAAAGCCGUCCCCGUUUGCAAAUACGUCGAAGAAGACACUUGUCAGUACAACGGCGAAACCAGUGACAAUCCCCUGUCAGACAACGAAACCAGUAACUCCACCACCUACUCAACCAAUCAUGACACAGGCUACCUCUCGGAACACUACUCAACCAAUCAUGAUACAGGCUACCUCUCGGAACACUACAGCUCCAGCUUUUCAACGCACUUCGAGGGAACUCACUACUCCAACCAUGUUCCCGCCUCGCGACCUCAAAAAGACCGCUCACGGAGCUUUACGUCCGGCGACACAGACCCGGAAAAUAGUACCAAAGUCGCCCCGAGACUUCCUAGAAAACACUCUGAGCACAGCAGCUCUAGAUUCGGUGCACACCUCGCCCCGCCUUUACCGGAAGAAAAUGGCACCCAAUUCUCCACAAAGUGCGAGCGCUAUCCUGGAGCCAAGCUCGUUGGAUCUUGUCCAAGACAUAAUGGACGGCAUGACACCGAGGGUUUUACGAAGACAAUUGGUAUCAGCCGGUCAGCGGACGAACUGUCAAGCAAGCCGAAGUCACAUGAUGAGCUGCCGAGAUACAUAGGUAUGGAGACUGUAAUAUAAUAUAUCAAGCAGCCAAUGACUGGUCUAGAUGUACACAGCAUCCGAAAGAGAGAGCCAAGGCGAGGACGCGCCCUCAUGCGGCAAACAAGUGGUUGCUAAGGAAGUCCACGUGAUUUUGACACGUGGUUCUUAAGUGAUCCACGUGAUUUGUCACGUGAUCGUCAUGCUUCUGGUAGAUCGCUCACGUAUGCGCAUGCUUAUGAAGGUCGUCUAACAAGUUUAACAUUUGACCUUCAAAAUGCCAAUCGAAUAUCUAUUGGUGGUCAUUUUAUCAUAAAAUUGAACUAGAUAACCACUGGAUAGUGUUGUUAAGGUUGUCAAUGUGAUCACCAAUCUACCCACAUUGUCGUCAGAAAAGCGAACUUCAAUUCCAAAUUUGAUGACGGGAUUAUCAAAGUUGUCCACGUGAAGUCAAAGUUUAUCACGUGGCUACCACGUGAAUCGAACACGUGCUGGUUGUUUAUUUACAGUUCUCUUGAAUUCGGUUUGGUGGAAGUGUGGUUUCGUGAUGGUCAAAACAUUUGUGAUUGACAAGAGAGUAAUGCGGUUGCUUAUUCCACAUAACAUCGUGACUUGGUUGUGCAGGGGUAUAACGCAAUCAAAGGGACUGUCUAGGGAACACAAUUGUAAACUGGACUUCUACAGAAGCGAUCAUAUAUAUUUCUAAGAUAUUCAAGGUACUGCAUUCCCUGAACUUACGCCGAGACACAUUUUGCUACUUUGCAAAUGACAGGACCAGCGAACGGAUUUUUUUUACCAGUCAAUGAAGUAUUUUAAAUCUUUAAGUUCUGAAGUAGCGCUUAUUUAUCAAAAAACGUUUUGUUCUAGACCCAGGCAAGUGAAUUUCUAGAGUUUUAUAUUAUUAAACCUUUAGACAAAGCUUGCGAAAGAGUCAAAACUUGGAAAAUGGAAAAUGACUUAUAUCAAGUAGCUGUCAAAAUGGAUUACUUUAAUCUAAUGAAGAUAAUAUGAUUCUUAAAUAGUAGUUGCACUGUGUUCACGAAAACAAAAAGUGUUAUGUAUGAUGAAAAGGUACUGUAUUUGUAGACUAAUACUAAUAGAUUUUUGUUUGUACUAAUUUAAGCAUAAAGCAGAAGGCUUAGCAGGACUAGCCUUACCUCGUGAAUAAAUGGUUCUUUUUGUA